AUCUUGCCAUCCCUGAUGUUUGUUGCCCUUCAGUUUUCUUGGUUUGCAUCUUGGAAAUUUGUGAACUUCACCAGGAUUUUUUGGCUGGCGCUGCUAUUUUUUGUUCUUCACCGAAUCACCGUGCUUGCUUGGGAUCAGCUUUAGUUUUAGCUUGGCUCGCAUUGCGCGAUGCGUUUCUGUUAGAACCCGAGCACAUCUUCUAUGAGCUGAACUCUGUAUUGUAGAUUGUGUGGGGGUGGCGUUUUGGUGUUUUGGGCAGUGGGUUGGAUGGAAAUCUGCAGUCCUUUUUGUAGGAUUAUGUGCCUCGAAGUGUUUUCUUUUUCGCGAUUUCUUUCUACUCCGAUUGAAUUAAUUGUGCAAUAGAGUCGUCUUAAGGUACUGAUAUGCAUGUUAAAACUACAGGGGAGUGUUGAAUCAGGUUUAUCAAUGCAUGAACUGGUAGUAGCUGAAGGCUUGCUGAAGUAUCUUUCAGUCUUUCCAUAAAGACCUAAAUCAAACCUGAUCGGCACAAAAUCGAUGAUAAACAAUACCAAUCCAUUCUUGCUAGGACAAAGGUUUCCUAGAGAGUUCUUCAGGGUUCAAACGUCUGGGAUGGAGGGGGGAAAAAGAAACUGGCUCAUGAUAGUCCACUGAUAGGCUGAUAACAGAUACCGCUUGGAACUCUUCCUGCAGUAGAUGUAAAUCUGAGAGCGAUGUGGGUAGCCCGACUCUCGAGGGGAAAAGCAGAAUUAAUUUGAGGCUGAAUUUAUCAGGAAUCAAGUAUUAGCUAAAUCUAUUUGGUUAGGUAAGAAUGGAAAAAAAACAGCAAAAAACUGUAUCCAACAGACUCUCCAUCUAGCUCGCUUAGCUAUCCGGCUCGGCAUCCCCAGCCUCCCGCUAGCCAUAUUCCACGAGCUGCUCCGCUAGCCAUCCGCGGCCUCGAGUGCAGUGAGUCUGGAGCGAGGCGGAGGAUCUAGAGAUGGAAGCGAGGGCAGCGUCGGGGACGCACGGGCAGAGGGAGAGGUCGAGGGUGGUGGCGGCGGGGUAGCGCGCGAGCACGGCCGGGCGGCGGAGAGAGAUGGGGCGGUGGGAGGCGGAUGGAGCGGGAGGCCCACUUGUCAGCGGGUCAGCGGGAGGGUAAAGGAAAAAAAUAUGAAGAGUGAGAUUUGACUAAUCUGUUGGAGUGUGCCGAAAUAUGGAGAGUGAAUCCUGGCUAAAUGGGAAUAUAGAGAGUGAGAUUUAGCUAGGGUUUUGGAGAUGCUCUGAAUAGGGGGAAAUUGCUUUGCUUGGUGAGACAUUAUUUCUGUAUAAAACAGGAAUGCCACAUCCAGUCAGCUUUUCAUUAAUUUUAUUGAAAAUGGAGUGCUGUAGUAGGUCCUUGUCUAUUAUACAUCGUACCUAAACAUGGAAAUAGCCACUUGAGGGAACAAAGUAAGAGGAAGUUGCCGUCAAUACACGUCUUUAGCAUUUCAUUGUCAAAUGUCAAUUCGGCUGAUUUAAAUGCUGGCUACUUGCCAUGAAGGUUAAUGCAGGUGUCAUUAAUCAAAUUUCUCUGAAGCACCAGAACCAAAAUGCUGCCUGGUGCUAAGUGAUACCAUCUUGUAAUGCCUAAGCUUUUACGGGAAGUGGAGGAUCAUCCGGUUCAUCCCAUGUCUAAGUCAAACCAUGGCUUCUUGUCAGGAAAUGGCCAUGAGAUGAAGCAUUUAGGUCAUAAAAUCCACGACAAGGACUCGUCAUCAGAGUCUGGUCAGUCUCACCAAGAAGCACCGGCAGUGAGUGAGAGCAGUCUAAACGAAAACACCUCAACUCAAUCUGACAAUGAUGAAGGUCAUGGGAAGCAUAAUCAGGACACAGAGCACUCAGUAUUGUCCAUGGGGAAGCAAGGAUCUGCCUUUUUGCCCCCAAAACUAGAUUACAAUCCAUCUUUUGCUUGUCUUCCUUAUACCGCUGAUGCUUAUUAUGGUGGGGUCUUGCCAGGAUAUCCUCCACAUGCCAUUGUCCAUCCCCAGCAAAAUCAUACAACAAAUGCUCCGGUUAUGUUGCCUGUUGAAGCUGCAGAAGAAGAGCCAAUUUAUGUUAAUGCAAAGCAAUACCAUGCAAUCCUUAGGAGGAGACAGACACGUGCUAAAUUGGAGGCCCAGAAUAAGCUGGUGAAAGGCCGGAAGCCAUACCUUCAUGAGUCUCGACACCGUCACGCCAUGAAGCGAGCUCGAGGAUCAGGAGGGCGGUUCCUCAACACAAAGCAGCUCCAGGAGCAGAGCCAGCAGCAUCAGGCAUCAGGUGGUUCGAGCUCCUCAAAGUUCAUUGGCAACAGCAUAAGCUCCCAGAGUGACCCCACCCCCACACCUUCAACUCCUGCUUCUUCGGACACUGCAAGUGCUUCAAGGGUCAACCAGGACCACAACUGCUUUCCAUCAGUUGGCUUCCGCCCUGCCAUGAACUUCAGUGCACCAGGUGGAGACGGAGCAAAGCUGGUUAGUUGAAGAAAAGUGAAGUGGUCACAGAAGCAUCGCCAGGCACACUGCCUGCGGCAACUCAUCCUUGGCUUUUGAAACAAUGAAUAUGAAAUGGACAUGUAGCUUAAGAGUCUCAGAAUAAACAAACGACCGUAUAUAUACAAGUCCUUUUAAGCUUGCUGUGGCUAAAAGAACUGUGGUUAUGAGAAUGUUUCUAGACUGAAAUCCAUACAUCGUGUUGGGUUGAGGUGCAGACCUCGAAACUUGUUCAGCAGAUAUUGCCUUAUGUCUCUGCUAGGAAAAUUGCCAUA